UAUUUUAGAAUGCUCUUUCGAAGACGUAUUGCAGCAUUUUAAAAUGGUCACGCUGUUUUGUUUAAACUAAUUAAAUGAUUUCGAUGGUUUUAAUAAUAGGGGACUCCCCAGGUUGCAAAUUUUAACAAUUUCUAAAAUAAAAAUGUUUUGUUUGUAAAUAUUUGAUGAUAAAAUCACAUUUAAGAUAAAGCUACAACAAAACCAGCCUAAUCAUACUUAGAAUAAAUGGUUUUCAACUGAUACAUUUUAAACUUUAAAGCUUUCGUUCGCGCAAUUAAUAUGAUAGAUAAGCGCGUGGUUUUGAAUUAGUGCUUCAGUAUGUGAGUUGUGUGUGUCUUUUUUUGCAUUACGAGGUGCAUUUAAACAAAAAGAAUGUUUAGAACGAAUAUUAGUUUUGCUUCAAAAUGCUACAACAAAUGUUUUUACUCAAAAGUGCUGCAUUUUUGGCAAAUUUUAAAAAGUUGGCACAUAUUCAGUAUACAGGCAUUAGAUAAUCAGCAUUGGCGUAUUAAUUAGUAUUACAAGAUCGAGUAAUUCUGUAUUGUUAGUAAAAAUAAAAAGUGACUCAAUACACCUUUUCAGUGUUUGCUGUUUAACAUAGAUUAAAAUAAUGGAAGAUUUAAAAAACCUAUGGCUUUGUGAAUGGAUUGUUCCUUUUGUAAGGAAUCUGUCAGAGGGAAAAACUGGUUUUUGUGUUGGAGGCAUCAAAAUUGAAAACCCCAUCUCUAGCAGCCCCCCUGGUUCAACAGACACCCCCCAAAAUGACAUUUUUACGAUUGCUGUUCCGUUUGGCGGUGAAGUUAUAAGAUGGCAGUUUAUUUUUGAUGGAACAAACCAAAAAAUAAGUCCAGAUAUUUUAUUGCCUUCGACUGGUUUUGAUGAUUUUGACCCUGAAUUUGAUGAUAUAAAAAGUUUAUUGCAUUGGGAUAAUGAAAAUAAAGACAGCCUGCUGUUAGCUGUCCAAGAGACUGUCCAUUUAUUCAAAGAGCAUCAGCGCCAAGUUUGUUACGGCAUUGAUAAAAAUUUGAGCUCUGAGCUUAGCGAACUUUUAAGUGAUAAAGACUAUGCUUCAGCUGAGGUGUAUUUGAAACGUGCACCUAAAACAAAAGCUCCAAAAAGUUUAAACGUUUUAGUCAAAAUUCCAGUUGAUUUAAAGCCAUUGCUUGAAAUGUUUUCCAAAGAAAUCUCGGAAAGAGAUUCAAUAAUUCACAGUCCUUUGUUGCUGGUUAAAUUCGACCUCGAAGUUAAAAAGGCCGUUCCAAUGCCUUUCCUUCCCUCCCACUUUGAAAAAAUAAUUGGCAGCAAAGAUCAACUGAACAUACCGCCGUACACAAUGUCCACUACUAUACAUCAAUAUGUGAAGAAAGUUGAGGAAAAAUUGACGGAAGUUGUGCAGACGGUUGUGACAAGUCAAUCGAAACGAUGCGAAUAUGUAGCCGCAUUUUUGCGACAAUUCCCAGCAGAUGUGCUUGAAUACGACGCUCAAAAUUUCAGCAGUAUUUCUCUCGUGUUCAGUUACCAGACCUUUUACUUCUUGGUGCACAUUUCUUUGUCGAAAUUUUUCCCCCAAAAUCUGCCAAGCGUGACAUUACAAUCGGCGUACCAUCUCACAAAACAAGACGAGUUGUUUAAAAAAACUUUUACAAAUUAUCCCUAUAGCCCGAGGUGGUCUGGCACUGAAAUGGCAAAACGCACAAAAAAUUUUAUCCUGGAAAAAAUUCCCUUGUUUAAAGACAGUUGUAUUCGAAACGGGGUUUUGUGAUAAAAAAAUUCACUUUAUUUCUUUUGCAUAUAUUCUAUAAUUGUCAGUAAACAUUAUUUUCAAAAUAUUUCACAGAAAUUUGUAUUUCUGUUAUUGUCCACAAUUUCUAACUUUCUGUGUAGUUUUGAAUAACUUUAAAACAACUUUUCUGUUUUUUAUGAGCUUAUUUAUAUAUAUCUAUAUAUAUAUAAGACAAAAAGGGGUCAUUCUCAUAAAAAGUGCUUUAUUCAAAAUAUAAUCCUGUACUGUUUGUUUACUGAACUUUUUACUUUACUCAAAACGAAAAUCAUAAAAGCGUGGCAAACCUCUAUUAUUCUCACAUUGAAAAUUUAAAAAAACUUUGUUCUAUGUUGCUAAUUUUAAGUUUCAAUUACCAUAACUUAAAAAAUCCUAAUUAAAAAAAUAUUGUAUUUGUACAGAUCAAUAAUUUAUCUUUAUUAUUCACAG